AUGAGAGCAAGGCAGCUGGUCUGUGGAAUUUGGAGUCUGUGUUUCCUGUUCUGUCUUUUCUGCAUUUUUCUUCACCAAACAACAGCUAAAAGAAAACUGAAGUUUGUGUCCCUAGUAUUUCGCCAUGGUGAUCAUACCCCACAGGAGUUUUUCCCAACUGAUAAGCACAAAGAAAUUGCAAGACAACAGGGAUAUGGCCAACUUACCAAGCUUGGCAUACAACAACAGUAUGAGCUUGGCCAGUACAUGCGGAGGAGAUACUCUCAUUUCCUGAGCGUUGUAUACAAGCAGUGUGAGAUUUAUGUUCAAAGCACUGACUGUGAUCACACACUUAUGAGUGCUCAGGCAAGUCUUGCCGGACUGUACCCACCAACACAGGACCAAAUUUGGAACCCCAGAAUCCUUUGGCAGCCAAUUCCAGUUCACACAAUGCCACUGUCACAGGAUAAUUUGCUAUACCUACCUUUCUCACACUGCCCAAAAUACAAGGAGCUUCUGAGAGAAACCUUUGCAACAAGGGAUUUCCAAAGGCAAUUCAAGCACUACAAGCAAUUUCUGAAGUUUUUAGCCACUCAUACAGGAUAUCCAUUGAAGAAGUUGACUAGUGAAAGGAUUUGGAAGCUCUCUGACACUUUACAAUAUGAGGAUAUUAACAAUUACACUUUACCUGUUUGGGCUACUCAUGGUGUCAGGACCAAGCUGAUAAAGCUGUCAGAAUUGUUAUUGCAAGCAGAAUUUGGGGUCCACAAAAAAAUACAAAAAUCACGUUUGCAGGGAGGUAUUCUUUUAAAAACUAUUCUAAAGCAUAUCUUAGAUGCUAGAAAGCCUUCAUACCACCAAAAAAUGGUUAUGUAUUCCACGCAUGCAGCCACCAUUGCUGCCUUACAGAUGGCACUCAAUGUCUUCAAUGGAAAAUUGCCUCCUCACAGUGCUUGCCAUUUUUUUGAACUUUACCAGGAAAAAAAUGGGCAAUACACCAUAGAAAUGUACUACCGGAACAAUUCCUUGAGGGAGCCUCACCCCCUCACUCUCCCUGGCUGCAAAUUUCGCUGUCCCCUAGAGAGAUUUACUCAUCUGGUCUCUCCCAUCCUCCUACCCUAUUGGACAAGAGAAUGUAGGAUGUAG